AGUUGUAAUCGUGGCGCGUGUGUUGGUGUGUUUCGAAUAUUUCGUCUCGUGGUGUUAAGUAAAUAGAAGCGGCGUGGUUUGGUUGAAAUUGUUAAAUUACAAUUAUUCUGAAGAAUAUUUCAAAGUUUUCGUUGAAUAAUUGAAAAAUAUGGCUGAAGAAGAGAUUAAUCCUAAAGCGUACCCUCUCGCUGAUCCCGAGCUCAGCUCAAAAAUACUCAACUUAGUUCAACAAGCUACGAACUACAAACAGUUACGUAAAGGAGCGAACGAAGCUACGAAAGCUUUGAAUCGAGGUUUGUCGGAAUUUAUCGUGAUGGCUGCGGAUGCUCAACCUUUAGAAAUUCUUUUACAUUUACCUCUACUUUGUGAAGAUAAAAACGUUCCUUACGUUUUUGUACGGUCGAAACAAGCUCUUGGACGUGCCUGUGGAGUAUCCAGGCCAGUGAUCGCGUGUGCUGUCCUUAUAGAAAACGGUUCGCAGUUGAAGUCGCAAAUUCAAUCCAUUCAGAAUGAUAUAGAAAGGCUACUUAUUUGAGGAAGUAUAUUUUGUACCAUAUUGAAUCUAGAUUAAGAUAUUUAUAAGGUUUUUAUUUUAAAUUACUGAGGUUGCAGUUGACGUUUACUUCCGUAAUACAUUUUUUUCAACGUG